AUGCCAGGCCUGGGGGGGGGGGGGGGGGGGCGCAAGCAGUUUGAGGCCAUCCUGGCGCGGUCUCGCAGCCUGCCCGGCUCCGCAGACGUGAUGGGGCGAGGUGACAUGCUCGCGCAGAAAACCGAGAUCAUUGCAGAGUUGGCCAAGAAGAGCCUGAGUGACCUCCAGGCUCCCAUUAGGGGAUAUUAUAACUACUAUAUGAAGCCGUACUGUCGUAUCGGCCCGUACUUAGUAGGAAUUGCUGUUGGCUGGCUGCUGGUUAAGAUGAAAAGGAAACAGACAAGGAGCAUGACCGUCCGCCUGCUGAUGACUAUUGGUUGGCUCGUUGCUGCUGCCUCUGCCAUGGCUGUGUUGUAUGCUACGUACGGCAAGUACCACGGAACAACUCUCCAGACGGAAGCCGAGAACGUACUGUACCUGACUAUCCACCGUACCGUCUGGGCCAUGGCGCUUGGCUGGGUGGUUGUCGCAUGUCAUCAUGGAUACGGAGGAGUGGUGGACAUCAUCCUCUCCUGGGACGCCUGGGUGCCCCUGAGCCGACUGACCUACUGUGCCUACCUCAUACAUAUUCAGGUGGUGAUAGCAGUUUACAUCAGUAUGGAGGUGCCCAUCCACUACACCACAUUCACUAUGAUCUACUUCUUCUUGGGACACGUGGCUCUAUCCUACGGUUUAGCCUUCCUGGUGUCUGUGGCAGUGGAAGUGCCAUUGCUGGGAUUGGAGAAAGUUAUCUUCAACAAAUAA